AUGUACCCCCCUAUCCAGCCGUAUGAAACUGGGAUGCUGAAAGUGUCCGACAUACACACGCUCUACUACGAAGUGAGCGGAAACAAAGAGGGAACACCAGUUGUCUUUCUCCAUGGUGCGUACAAUUUGCAGAUUCGGCUCCCGCAGUUCUGUGAUCACCAAUUUCAUGCGAAUUUAUCAGGCGGUCCUGGAAAUGGUACAGAUGCUAAGGAUCGUUGUUACUUCAACCCGGCCAAGUACAAGAUCGUUCUCUUUGAUCAGCGCGCUUCGGGAAAAUCCACUCCGACGGCAUCCUUGGAGGAGAACACCACCUGGGACCUCGUCAAGGAUAUCGAGAAAAUCCGCCAACACCUUGGCAUCGAUAAGUGGCACGUUUUUGGUGGCUCCUGGGGAUCUACCCUAGCGCUGACAUAUGCACAGUCUCACCCAGAUCGAGUCAAGACCAUGAUUCUCCGAGGGAUUUUCACUCUGCGCAAGAGUGAGCUUCGCUUCUUCUACCAAGAUGGCACAUCGCACCUCUUUCCAGACGCAUGGCAGGAGUAUCUGGAGCCGAUCCCAGAAGCUGAACGCCAUGACAUGGUCACGGCUUAUCAUGCACAGUUGAAUUCUGCCGAUGAAGAGACGCGCCUGAGGGCGGCGAAGGCCUGGUCCAAGUGGGAGAUGGCAACCUCAAAGUUGUAUGUCGAUCCCGCGCAGAUCGCUCAAGUGGAGAACGACCGCUGGGCAAACGCCUUUGCUCGCAUAGAAAACCACUACUUCGUCAACGACGGCUUCAUGAGAGACGGUCAAUUGCUCGAGAAGCAGGAGAUCGAUAAGAUUCGCCACAUUCCAUGCAUCGUUGUGCAAGGGCGUUACGACGUAGUUUGUCCGGCGACUACCGCUUAUGAUCUCAAGCAGGUCUGGCCGGAGAUCACACUUCAUAUAGUCCCUGACGCAGGACACUCAGCGAGAGAGCCGGGAACUGCUAAGUUACUCGUGGCGUACAUGUCAUUCUCGAGCACGCCUUUAGGUCAAGGCAGACGUCUCGAUCACCACACGUUUCUUAACAAGCCGAAUCCAAGGGAUAGUCGCGCUCCCCAUUCCCCGCCUCGUCGUGCAAUACCAGCAUCCUACGCGUACGGAGCCCCUUCACUCAGCACGCAAUCUCCUCCAAAGCCGGGUAAGUCAGCGCCCCCAGAGGGUGAGCACUCCGACGACCAAUACGAGCCCGCCCUCGUCCGCUUCGCGCGACUCAAGCAACACGAGCAGGCCCAGCUGCCCCAUUCCGGCGCACCUGUGGCCGCACAACAACCCCACGUCUCUCCUCACCCCGAGAAGUGGAGUGUCAAAGACACCUCUGUCAAUAUUGCCAGUGCGUUCCAUCAAGCGGUCACCUCUGCAGACGACCACACUGUCAUGCCUCCCAACCCGAACGAUGCCUGGGUGUCUGGUGCCUACAGGCAGACCGUACCCCGGAGUACAUCUGUGGAGUACGAGAAGGAAACCCAAUCUACUGCCAAUCGUCGUCUCGCUCCACCACCGAACCGGAAUACGGCCAACCGCGCAACGAGACCCGUGUCCAAGUCCGCAUCAAUGCGACAUGUGGUGCCGGAUUCGGAGGGCGAAGAUGAGCCUUCCGGCGGGGCCAGGCGCGGUAAGAGUCCAUUCGAGCAGAUCGUAGAGGUCUCGAGACGUAUCAUGCCAGUCUCGUUUCUGAUGCGACAACGAUCGGUGGAGCCAGAUACGAGCCAGUCACAACUUAAUGGUAACAGCGUACUGAACGAGAGCUCGAGUUACGACUACUCGGCUGAGGAGCGGGAAUACUUAGCAGCUACAUCCGCUGCGCAAAAACCCCAGCCGAGGCGAAAUACGGCAGCGCAUAAGCGCAAUCGUAUGUCCAUGGACAACAAGGCGUAUAGGCCGACCAUGUCUGACCUGGAGGAGUCCGACGAAGACUUCGAAAUUCACGAUGGGAAGCGCACACGCAGGAAAAAGAAGAAGAGUGGUGCUGCCGGAGGUCCUUUGACGACGCUUCCUGUGGCUGGAUAUGAUAAGAGGAAGAAACGAAGGAGAGCGAACGGGAAGACGAACGGCGCGGAAGACGAUGAUGAAGAAGAGAGCAGUAGCGAGCAGGAGCAGGAGCAAGAGCAGGAGGCCGCAGGCGAACAGCGAUCACAGCGCGGCACUACGCCAGCUGUGCGUCCGUCUUCGCUCGGGCGAAGAUCGCAACCGUCCUCACGGCCGCAUUCGCGUGCCGUCUCUCAAGAACCUAUUUCUUCACCAGGGGAUGUGACCGACUACGACAGACCAAUGGACGUGGAGUCAUUGCAGCCAAUAGAAGAGAUUGACGAGGACCUGGUCAUCGAUGGUAUCGAUCCAGUGAUGCGCAGAUCGUCAUUUUCCAUUGGAGCGUCACUAGGUAGAGGUGUAAAUGGCCUUUUCCGUUUGGGAUGGGCUAUUGUCCGCCUUAUACUGGGUUGUUUGGCCUUCAUCGCACGACUAUGCGGCAAAAUUAUUGGACUCACUAUCGACGUGUUCAUCAAUCGACCUGCGCAGUUAAUAUCAAGCAUAGACCCCGCGCCUUUGGCCAAAUAUGUGGUUGUCGGCCUCACAAUUUACUCAGCAUGGCAUGCACUUAACCAUGGGUGGCUAGAUCUCUCUGUGCUUUCAUCACGACGACUACCUUCUCAUACGCCAUACCAACCACCUGACAUUCCCGUCUCCAACCUUGGUGAUCUUUCGGAUCGAUUACAGCGUUUGGAAUCUGCUCUUGCGAAGUUCUCUUUGGAUAACGAGCGGUUGCGGUCGCGGGACGAAGGUAGUCGCAGCGAACUGACUAAUCGUAUGGUCACUCUAGAGUCUGAGGUUCACAAAGAGAGCCUGCGUGCCAUAGAUAUGGAGACAAAGUACAGAACAUCAACCAGCAUCGCGCUACAGACAUUGAAACAAGAGGUUAAUUUAUUGAACACGCAAAUCCAAGCAAAUAAGCAGACUGAAUCGCAGAAUGGCCCAAUGUUAACUAGCGACGAGGAGGCCCGGGCGAAGCUACUAACAUUGGAGAAGCGUCUCGGAAGCGCAGAGCACGAUGUCAAGGAAGCUCUCGAACUGGGCAAGAAUGCCGCCAAGGUUGGCGGAUCCACUGGUAUUGCAGCAGCGUGGUGGAAUAAACUGGCUUCCGGCAAGGGAGGUGCAUCAGUCGUAAUCAAGUCGACUGAUGGGCAGGAUGUCACAUCGCUCAUUUAUGACAUUGUCCAAACAUUUGUGUCACUGCUAUCGAAAGACACGCUCGCCCGCCCCGAUUAUGCCCUCUACUCCAGUGGUGCCCAGGUCAUUCCCUCGCUCACGAGCGAGACAUACGAAAUCCCGGCGUCGAACUGGAGGCAGCACGUUCUUGGUUUCAUUACUGGGAAUAAUGGUGCAGCAAUUGGCCGGCCACCGGUAACCGCUCUUCACCACGAGAUUCAUAAUGGCCAUUGUUGGCCAUUCCCUGGUGCCAGUGGACAGCUGGGCGUCGCGCUCGCUGCGCCAACAUUCAUCUCUGAUGUAACGAUCGACCAUGUCGCCAAAGAAGUUGCCACGGAUAUGCGUUCAGCUCCAAGGCAGAUGGAAUUAUGGGGCCUGGUCGAGGGCAAGGACAACAUUGUUCGUCUUGCUGAAUGGCGAGCAGAACGUGAUGUGCGGCAAGCGAGGGCGCGUGACGAGGCGGAACUUGCGGGCGUGCCCUACGUUGAGACUCCAGAGCCGGUAUAUCCUCCGAUGCUGCCGCGGACGCCAGAGUAUAUUCAGUUGGCGAACUUCACGUACAACAUCCAUGCGCCACAACAUAUCCAGACUUUCCCCGUCUCAGAUGAUACUCGGGAACUGGGUAUCGACUUCGGCGUUGUGGUACUCCUGAUCAAGAACAACUGGGGCAGGGAUGACUUCACAUGCCUCUAUCGGUUACGCGUACAUGGAGAGCAGAUGGGAGAGAUCCCCCUGCCAUAUCCAGAGGGUUACGUGGAGUCAUAG